CCAAGCCGAUCGUCACCAAGUGCGCACCCGGGCCUCACUUAGCCAGCAGACCAGAGGUCAAGCCGGUGUAAUAACCCUUCCCCUUAAGGGUUCGACGAUUCCCAUAUCAUCAACCACCAACCAUCAACCAUCAACACCACAUCAACACUUCACAUCAGUGUCAUCAUCAUGCAGCUCAGUCGCCUACUUCUCGUCGGCCUUUCGGCCCUAAGCGUCGCCGAGGCCUCCUACAUGCGCAUCGGCGUCAAUGUCCCUCACCACAAGAACCUCGGUGCCCUGGCGCGGAGAGCAGACGACGAUAGCUCCUCCGCCGACAUCCCCAUCCCGACCGUCAAGGCACCGACCCCAGAGACGACAUCAACGAAGGCUGCUCCUGUCACAACAACAAGCGCAGACCCUCCAGCCGAGCCCACCACCACGACCAAGCCUCCACCUGUCUCGGUGCCAGCUGUCACCACAACAUCACCUCCCCCGGCACCGACAACCACAAAACCCAGCAACAACGACCAGCCUCCAGUAACAGCGAACCCUAACGGCGACGUUGUAUCUUCUACCCAGGGACCAGCACCAACACCUUCGUCUUCGGCUGGCGGAAGCGGUGGAUCAUCCAACAACGACGAUGGCGACUCCAAGUCCUACUCGUCUGUCAAGCCCGUCAUCUUGACCGUCACCCAAGUCAUCACCACCACCAACCAGGAGGGAGUUGCGACAACCAUGACGACCGAAGCCCUCACCACGUCGACCCCGCCUCCUAGCCUUGCUUCCGAUAAGAACAACGGCAAGUCCGGCGGCGGCAUGUCGAACCAGACCCGCAACACCGUCAUUGGCGUCGUUGUCGGUAUCGGUGGAGCCAUCGUCCUGGCCGGCUGUGGUAUCGUCGCCUGGAGGAUUCGGAGCCGCAAGAGACAGUCCGACGAGGCCGACAAUCUGAUGGAGUACAACGAUGCUGGCAAGCCCGAGGUUGGAGGAUCGAUGGUCGGACGCACGCCCUUCCAGAGCACGCUGGAGAGCUACCAUGCGCCAACGCAUGUGAACCAGGCGUCAAACUUCUAAUUUCUGUUGUCGAUAAAAUUUAAACAAAGAAAUAUGAAGUUUUUGCCUUGUCUCAUUUUAUUUUGAAGCGUACCAGUCAUCCGCGAUCGAGAUACCCCCUCCGCAUAUUUCAACCAUUGUCACCGCCGUCGCCGCCGUCGCAUGGUUUGCCUGUCAUCAGCCAGUAGC